AAUUACAUCUAUUUCAAUGUAGUUUUUGCUAUAUGUACGUAAUAUAAAAUCGUAUAAUUUAUUCGCUAUCCUCAUAUAAAAAAUGUACAAAGCUCUAUGAAUCACCGUAGAGUAUAUAAUAAAAUAAUCAAAAUUUGCAUUUUUCAAAAAGCGUGUAUUCUAAGUUAUGCUGCGAUGUCUACAAAUUCUGAGUGGAAAGGUGUUCCAAUAUCACAAAUUAUUGGAUCUAAUUCGCCAUGGGGUGCUCCAGAGUUUCCUUUAGUGCAGCCAGCAUACAAUCAUAGUGUUUUGUACCAUAUACCGGCCAGCGGGGCACAAUUAGACAGGCCGCCUAAGCCACAGAUUGGCAGAGAAAAAUGGGAUCAUGAUCAUGUUAGAAUGCCAUUUUCUUCUCACAGCUUGUAUCCUGUUGAAAAUAGUGUUGGUGAAACCCAUUUAAAGAAACGUUGGGAAAUGAUUCAGGAAGCACUUAGCAGACCUAUAAGAAAUACCGAAGAGCUGGCUAAUGCCAUACUUAGUUACAAUACUAAGUUUAAGAACAAGUGGAAGUUUCGAUCAUUGUAUGAGCUGUUUGAAGAGCACUUAGAAGCAGAGGAGACAAAAUAUUUCUUUGAUGUCACUCUUCCUGAAAUGAGUAAGCUAGCUUUGGCUCUCCCACAAUUGAUUCAGUCACCAAUACCAUUAUUGAAGCAGAAUAAAAACCAUUCAAUAUCAUUGUCACAGCAGCAGAUAUCGUCCUUAUUGGCGAAUGCAUUUUUCUGCACAUUCCCAAGGAGGAAUUCAACAAAGAGAGACUCGGAAUAUGCGUCAUAUCCAUACUUUAAUUUUAGUACGUUAUUCGAGUGUUCACCGUCUGACCACAUAUUGGAAAAACUCAAAUGUAUCUGCCAUUAUUUCAGAAGAGUCUGCACAAACGUGCCGGCGGGCGCGCUGACGGUGCGGCGGCGCGCGGGCGCGGCGGGCGGCGCGGGCGCGUGGCGCGCGUGCGCGGCGCGGCUGGGCGCGCUGCGCGUGCACGCCGACUGCGCGCGCACCAUCGAGGACGCGCACGGGCUCAUACAAGUCGACUUCGCCAACAAAUUUCUCGGUGGCGGUGUUUUGAAUUACGGCAGUGUUCAAGAAGAAAUUCGCUUCAUGAUAUGUCCGGAGUUGAUGAUAUCGAUGCUGUUUACCGAGUCAUUGAAACCUAAUGAAGCUCUUAUGAUUAUUGGUUGCGAACAGUACAGCAAGUACUCCGGCUACGGACACAGCUUCCAGUGGGCGGGCGCGCACGAGGACGACACGCCGCGCGACUCGUCGGGGCGGCGGCGCUGCGCCGUGCUCGCCAUCGACGCCGCGCCCGUCGCCCGGCGCCGCCGCGAGCACAGCGCGCCCGCCGUGCUGCGCGAGCUCGACAAGGCGUGGAUAGGCUUCUCGUUCUUCACGGGGGACGCGGCCGGGCCGCACUUCCCCGGCGUGGCGACCGGCAACUGGGGCUGCGGCGCCUUCGGGGGCUCCGCGCCGCUCAAGCUGCUCAUACAGAUGAUGGCGCUCGCCCGCGCCGGCCGCCACCUGGCCUACUACACCUUCGGGGACGUCCAGUUCCGGGACGACAUCGUGCGAGUGCACGACUUGCUGGCCCGGCAUGACGUCACCGUUGGUCAGUUAUAUGAAUUGAUACUUAAAUUCUGCGACGAAGACAUCGAAAAAUUGAACAUUUUCACUUUCUUGGAACAAACAUUAGAAAAAAAAGGUUGUUCAAACAACCUGCAACGUGAGACUUAUGGCGGUGAAACUGAAAACUAUGAAUUACCUCUUUCUGUGGUACAAGAUCUGAAUAGAUCUCCUGACAUGUUUACAACGGAUGAUGAUAUCGAAUUUAUUACACCUUCGACUAUAAAAUUACAAUCACAAGAAACAGAGACCACACACAAAGACAAAGACUCUAGUGAAAAACUUGCCAUUAAUCAAAACAAAAUAUUGACAAGUAAGCGUGAAGUGGCCGAAAAUACUGAACCAUUCAGCCAAACUUCAAGAUUGUUUGACGAGAUGGAGAAAUUAGAUAAUGAUAGUGGAAAAUUAAACCUAAAUGCAAACCAAAAAUCAAUGUUUGAAAAUAAAACUGCAAAGUACGAAACGGUCAUGGAAAUUGAUGAUAAUUUGCAAACAAAUAUAUCGCCUAAUGACAAAAAAAAGUUGGCAAAGAAAAUCACAGAUUAUUUUUCAAAGAAACCAAUAUGAUUUAUGUUUGAGAUUGUAU